AUGGAGUACGCAGCGGGUGGAGAGCUAUUUGAGAGAAUUUGUGCUACCGGAAGGUUUAGUGAAGAUGAGCAAAUAUGCCAUAGAGAUUUGAAGCAAGAGAAUACAUUGUUGGAUGGAAGCCCCGCUCCACGUCUCAAAAUAUGUGAUUUUGGUUAUUCAAAGUCCUCUCUGCUAAUUUCAAGACCCAAAUCAACUGUUGGAACUCUAGCAUAUAUUGCACCCAAGGUUCUUUCUCGAAGAGAGUAUGAUGGGAAGUUGGUGGAUGUGUGGUCAUGUGGAGUGACUCUUUAUGUUAUGCUGGUGGGAGCACACCCAUUUGAAGAUCCAUAGGAUCCGAAAAAAAUUCAGGAAAACCAUCAAUCGAAUAAUGGCUGUGCAAUACAAGAUUCAAGACUACGUUCGCAUAUCUCAAUAUUGUAAACAUCUCCUUUCUCACAUUUUUGUUGCAAAU